UGGGUAACAGUCGGCGCGAUCCAGGUCAUCUCCUCCGCCUCCCUGAUCUCACCUCCCGCCGCUGCCGCAACGCCGCCAGCCGCUGCGAGCGAGAGAAAGAGGGAGGGAGAGAUGAAGGGCGCUGGUGGCGGCGCGGUGGCGCCGGGGGACUACGUCUACUUCAAGUCCAUCGUCCCUCUCCACAAGAUCUCCAUUGGGCCAAAACUUUGGAGGUACUAUGACUUUGGGCCUAAGGUUGUGCCUCCUCUUGUCUGCAUCCCAGGAAUUGCAGGGACAGCUGAUGUAUACUAUAAACAGAUCAUGUCCCUCUGUAUGAAGGGUUAUCGAGUGAUAUCAAUCGACGUUCCUCAAGUUUGGAAUCACCAUGAAUGGAUUCAUUCAUUUGAAAAAUUCUUGGACUCCAUGAACAUCCAUCAUGUUCAUAUUUAUGGUACAUCUCUUGGUGGAUUUUUGGCACAAAUAUUUGCUCAACACCGUCCAAGGAGAGUGAAGUCCUUGAUCCUAUCAAAUACUUUUCUUGAGACACACAAGUUUGCAGCUGCCAUGCCAUGGUCUCCAGUUGUUAAUUGGACCCCUUCUUUUUUGCUGAAGCGAUACCUCUUGACAGGAAUCCGAGAUGGUCCCCAUGAACCAUUCAUCGCGGACUCAGUAGAUUUUGUUGUGUGUCAGGUCGAGACAUUGUCAAGAGAUGACCUUUCGUCAAGGUUGAUGCUAAAUGUUAAUGUUGCAUCAGUUGGGUCAUUGAUGCUACCUGAUUCAUUCAUCACAAUAAUGGACACAAACGACUACUCUGCUGUCCCCCAGCAGUUGAAGGACCAGUUAAAUGAAAGGUAUCCUGGUGCAAGGCGUGCUGUACUGAAGACUGGUGGCGAUUUUCCCUUCCUGUCGCGUCCAGAUGAGGUUAAUCUGUACCUUCAGCUACAUUUGAGGCGAGUUGGUGUAGAAUCAAAGCCAGAUCUGGUCCAAGGUUUCACAAGAAAUGGCACUGCUGGGAGUUCAAAGGAUCAGAAGGAUGGAGGGGACAGCAUUAGUGAUAGCCCUGAAGACUAUGGCCACCGUGGUUCAGGUGGCAGUGAUCAUGAUGCGAGAUAUCGUGGAUCGGAAUCACACGAUUCUGAUAAGCCGAUACCAACAAGCACAAUGUACUAGAUAGUUGUUCCAUAUGUGCAGAAGUGGGUCCGUAGAAAAUAAUGGAAGCCCAUGUCACACCUGCAUUGGAGUUGGUGUUGCCACUGGGAAAUCCGAAAAAGCGCCUGUGCAGUAGGAACAUGCCGCCAUCAGAGAAAACGACUCAUCUCACGGAGGAAAUCCAGUACAAAAUAGAAAGCCAGAUCGAAAACAUCGAAAUGUCGAUCCAAACCCUAGCCUAUUAUUCUGGAGGAAAGCAUCCUAUUAGCUUUUUCUUAAAAAUGCUGUAUUUUCAGACUGGUGUGUGAAGUGGCAUACUUUGAGUUGUUGGAGCUAAAAUGAUUUAGACCUGUUGGUGGCAUUGUGAAGAGUUGUAGGAGGAGCGAUCUAGAACCAGUUCA